CGUGACAUUAGCAAUUCCAUCUGCGCAUCUUUUUGGCCAAAUAUAAAUGAAACCGUUUUACAAAAGUUUUAUCUUCUUUUUAUAAAGUUAUAACAACGCCAAAAAUGUUUACAUGGGAUGAAAAAAUCUCCCCUAAAUGUUGUAACGAUCAUACAAUUGUGGAAGAUGAUUAUUACGCAAUGUGCCGGUCGAAGCAAAGACGAAAUCGAACAACUUUUAGCAAGCAGCAACUAAUGGAACUGGAGUUGACUUUUCAAAAAAAACACUAUCCAGACAUUAAUACAAGAGAAGCUUUAGCGGAACAAAUUGGUAUAACUGAAGCACGAAUACAGGUAUGGUUUCAAAACCGAAGGGCUAAAUGGAGAAAAUUAUCAACUACAAAACAAAGACAAUUGCAACGAGAAGCUAACAAUCGCUAUUCUUCAAUUGACACAUGGUUAGAAGAACUGAAAUCACGUAAGCAUGAUAUAUCAAAAGAGUUGCUGACAGUUAAAAAAGAAUCACCUCUGGUCAAUGAUUAUGCAAACAAUUUGUAUAAAGAUAAAAAAAUCAAAAUCGAUAAUGAAGAAAAAAGUGUUGAAAUUAGAACAUCUCCUUUCGAUUCAAGACAGAGAUCUACCGAACAAGAGCGAGUUCGCUACCUUCACCAAUUCCCGUACAUGUACUCUUCUCCUUCGCCACCUUACCCAAGCCAUUUCUCAUGUCCAUGUAAGACGUGUCAUGUAGCAUCAUGUUUUCCAUUAAUCAAGAAGCCAUCAUACGUAAAAAAAGAACUUAAUAUUUUAGAGUGUUUAGAUGAACACACUAGACGAGGCGUCAGAAUAGGAUAUAAAUAUCCAGAAGAUCUACAUAAAAACUUUAAAGAACCAGAAAUUAAAGAAGAAAAGUUUUUGCCAUCAAGAUGGUAACAUAAAAUUAAUAAAAAUGUAUAUAAUAAAACAAGACUAGACUUAAAUUUUUACAGAUAAUUAAAUUAAUUUAUGUUUGUGAAAUUUUCACUUUUUUAAUGGCAUAAAAUGUAAAUACGGUUGAGCAUAACGAAAUAUUCAUUUGGAUAAACA